AUGCAAAAUAGCAAGAACAAGGGCCUAGCGUGUGCAAAAUUGCAAGAACAAGGGCAUAGCGUGUGCAACAUAGCAAGAACAAGGCGUGUGCAAAACGUGGACGUGGACGUGGACGUGGACGUGGACAUGGACGUAGUCGUGGACGUGGACGUGGACGUGGACGUGGACGUGGACAUGGACGUGGACGUGGACGUGGACAUGGACGUGGACGUGGACAUGGAUGGGACGUGGACAAGGACACGUGGACAUGGACGUGGACGUGGACGUGGAAGUGGACGUGGCUGGGACGUGGACAUGGACGUGGACGUGGACAUAGACGUGGACGUGGACGUGGACGUGGACGUGGACGCGGACGUGGACAUGGACGUGGACAUGGACGUGGACGUGGACGUGGACAUGGACGUGGACGUGGACGAGGACGUGGACGUGGACGUGGACGUGGACGUGGACAUGGACGUGGACAUGGAAGUGGACAUGGACGUGGACGUGGACGUGCACGUGGACGUGGACGUGGACAUGGACGUGGACGUGGACGUGCACGUGGACGUGGACGUGGACGUGGACGUGGACGUGGACAUGGACGUGGACUUGGACGUGGAGGUGAACGUGGACGUGGACGUGGACGUGGACGUGGACGUGGACAUGGACGUGGACGUGGACGUGGACGUGGACGUGGACGUGGACAUGGACGUCGACGUGGACGUGGACGUGGACGUGGACGUGGACAUGGACGUGGACAUGGACGUGGACAUGGACGUGGACAUGGACGUGGACGUGGACGUAGACGUGGACGUGGACAUGGACAUGGACGUGGACGUGGACGUGGUCGUGGACAUGGACGUGGACAUGGACGUGGACAUGGACGUGGACAUGGACGUGGACGUGGACAUGGACGUGGACAUGGACGUGGACAUGGACGUGGACAUGGACGUGGACGUGGACGUAGACGUGGACGUGGACAUGGACAUGGACGUGGACGUGGACGUGGACGUGGAUAUGGACGUGGACGUGGACAUGGACGUGGAUGUGGACGUUGACGUGGACGUGGACGUGGAAAUGGAGGUGGACGUGGACCUGGACGUGGAAAUGGAGGUGGACGUGGACCUGGACGUGGACGUGGACAGGGACGUGGACAUGGUCGUGGACGUGGACAGGGACGUGGACUUGGACAUGGACGUGGACAUGGACGUGGACAUGGACGUGGACGUGGACGUGGACGUGGACAUGGACGAGGACAUGGAGAUGGACGUGGACAUGGACGUGGACAUGGACGUGGACAUGGACGUGGACGUGGUCGUGGACGUGGACGUGGACGUGGACAUGGACAUGGACGUGGACGUAGACGUGGACGUGGACGUGGACAUGGACGUGGACGUGGACGUGGACGGGGACGUGGACGUGGACGUUUACGUGGACAUGGACGUGGACGUGGACAUGGACGUGGACGUGGACGCGGACAUGGACGUGGACAUGGACGUGGACGUGGACGUGGACAUGGACGCGGACAUAGACGCGGACGCGAACAUGGACGCGGACAUGGACGCGGACGCGGACAUGGACAUGGUCCUGGACGUGGACGUCGACGUGGACGUGGACAUGGUCGUGGACGUGGACGUGGAUGUGGACGUGGACGUGGUCGUGGACGUGGUCGUGGACGUGGACGUGGAUGUGGACGUGGUCGUGGACGUGGACGUGGACGUGGACGUGGACGUGGACGUGGACGUGGACAUGGACGUGGACAUGGACGUGGACGUGUACGUGGACGUGGACAUGGACAUGGACGUGGAAGUGGAAGUGGACGUGGACAUGGACGUGGAAGUGGACGUGGACGUGGACGUGGACAUGGACGUGGACGUGGACGUCGACGUGGACAUGGACGUGGACGUGGACGUGGACGUGGACGUGGACGUGGACAUGGACGUGGACGUGGACGUGGAUGUGGACGUGGACGUGGACGUGGACAUGAACGUGGACGUGGACGUGGACGUGGACGUGGUCAUGGACGUGGACGUGGACGUGGACGUCGACGUGGACGUGGACGUGGACGAGGACGCGAACGUGGACGUGGACGUGGACGUGGUCGUGGACGUCGACGUGGACGUGGACGUGGACCUCGACGUGGACAUGGACGUGGACGUGGACAUGGACGUGGACAUGGACGUGGACGUGGAUAUGGACGUGGACAUGGACGUGGACGUGGACGUGGACGUGGACGUGGUCGUGGACGUGGAUGUGGACGUGGACAUGGACGUGGACGUGGACGUGGACGUCAACGUGGACGUGGACGUGGACAUGGACGGGACGUGGACGUGGACGUGGACAUGGACGUGGACGUGGACGUGGACAUAG